CUGUUCAGCUGGAACAUGGCGGAGGAGCAACAGCAGGAAAUCUCAAAGGAGGCUGAUGGGCUGAAUUGUCUUGCAUAUGAUGAAGCCAUUAUUGCACAGCAAGAUAAAAUUCAACAAGAGAUAGCAACCAGCAUUUCUCUGGUGUCAGAAAGACAGGAGCUAUCUGUGCUUAAGCGAGAAUAUGCUGACGAUGACACCAUUUACCAGCAGAAGAUAAGAGAUUUGCAGGAGAAGUACGCUUCUGUACGCAAAACACGACCCGAUGGGAACUGUUUCUACAGAGCCUUUGGUUUCUCACAUCUGGAGUCCUUACUCGAAGACAGUAAAGAAUUACACCGGUUCAAGGCAAUCGCUGCCAAGAGUAAACUGGAUCUGGUCAGCCAGGGUUUUACAGAGUUCACCAUUGAAGACUUUCACAACACGUUCAUGGACCUGAUUGAGGCCUGUGAUAAGCAAACGUCUGUAGGUGAGCUGCUCACCUCCUUUAAUAAGCAGAGUGUGUCGGAUUAUCUGGUCGUCUACCUGCGGCUGGUGACCUCCGGGUACCUGCAGAGAGAGGAAGACUUUUUCCAGCACUUCAUCGAGGGCGGACGCACCGUUCGAGAGUUCUGCCAACAGGAGGUGGAGCCCAUGUCCAAAGAGAGCGACCACAUCCACAUCAUAGCCCUGGCUCAGGCUCUAAGCGUCUGCAUCCAGGUGGAGUACAUGGACCGUGGAGAAGGAGGAACGGUCAAUCACCACAUCUUCCCUGAAGGCGGUGAGCCCAAGAUUUUCCUCCUUUACCGACCAGGUCAUUACGACAUACUGUACAAGUAGCGGAAGCAGCAGGCCUCUGUGCUGUGGGUUUGACUCCAAACCUGUGAAAUGUGAACACCAACACUGCAAACCUUCCUGACUACCCUCCCACUCGCCCUAAAGACUCUUUUUGGAGAAUCUGCUCUAUAUCAUCAGGCACUGGACAUUGUACAGUUUUUCCUUUGAAUAACCUGCAUCUUUUUUGUUCUUCAGUUGUAUAUGGUUACUUCAUUUAGGGUUUGUUUGAUUGAUUCUUGUAGUUGAAAAUCUCCCUGUCGUUUAUGAUAGGAGCGCGAUUGCUUUAUCAUCUGUAUUUGACUUUCGUGAGAAUAAAAAGAACUUGCAGU